AGCCGGGCCCCUCUGACCAGCGCUGCCGGCAGCAACCUGUGUGGAGCGACACAGCCAGCCAGGCCCGGGGGGGGGCCCCUCCUGGCUACCCUGCGCCUCCAAAGGGAUGCUUUGGGUGUGAGGCCACUCCUCACCCCUGCAGCCCCCGACUCCCUCCCUCCUCCUGAGGCUCUCCGAGAGCCCACAACAGUCUUUUCUGCCCCCCUACCCAGCUGCUUUCCCAUUUCUGGCCAUCAAAGACUUUCUGAUAACGAGAGAGGGCAGUGAGGAGGACUUCCUGGAGGGGGUGACAGCCCAGAGCCUGGGAUCUUGUCCCCACCAGAAGGCUUUAUUCAGCAGCAAGGACACUAUGCUGCUUCUGAGUGCCAUGCCAGGUCCUGUCCUCAAAGGCCAGGCGCUCUUGCUGCCCCUGCUGUUGUUGCUAGGACCACAGACAUCCCAAGGUCUGGUCAUCACACCUCCGGGGCCAGAGCUUGUCCUCAAUGUCUCCAGCACCUUGGUUCUGACCUGCUCGGGUCCAGAGCCUGUGGUGUGGAAACGGAUGUCCAAGAAGCUCACGCAAGAAAUGGUCAAGACCGAGGAUGGCAAUUUCUCCAGCAUCCUGACGCUGACUGAUGUCACUGGGAUAGACACAGGAGAAUACUUUUGUACCUACAAUAACUCCAAUGAGGUGGAGGCUGGUGAGCAAAAACGGCUCUACAUCUUUGUGCCAGACCCCACCAUGGGCUUCCUCCCGAUCUUCCCCGAGGAAUUCUUCAUCUUUCUCACGGAAGUAACUGAGACCACAAUUCCAUGCCGCGUGACGGAUCCCCAACUGGUGGUGACACUGCAUGAGAAGAAAGUGGACGAUCCACUUCCCAUCCCCUAUGACCACCAACGUGGCUUCUCUGGGACCUUUGAGGACAAGACCUAUGUCUGCAAAACGACCAUCGGGGACAAGGAGGUGGAUUCUGAGCCCUACUAUGUCUACAGCCUCCAGGCGUCAUCCAUCAAUGUCUCAAUGAAUGCAGCGCAGACUGUGGUUCGCCAGGGCGAGAACAUCACCAUCACGUGCAUCGUCACUGGCAACGAGGUGGUCAACUUUGAGUGGACGUACCCCCGCGAGGAGAGUGGGCGGCUGGUGGAGCCAGUGACCGACUUUGAUAUUCCCCACAUACGUUCCACCCUGCACAUCCCCAGUGCUGAGCUGGGCGACUCAGGGACCUACAUCUGCAAUGUGUCCGAGAGUUUGUACGACCAUCAAGAUGAAAAGGCCAUCAAUGUCACCGUGGUUGAGAGUGGCUACGUGCACUUGCUGAGUGAGCUGGACGCUGUACAGUUCGCGGAACUGCACCGGAGCCGGACUCUGCAGGUGGUGUUCGAGGCCUACCCGCUGCCCACUGUCCUGUGGUUCAAGGACAACCGCACCCUGGGCGACUCCAACGCCGGCGAGAUCGCCCUGUCCACGCGCAAUGUGUCCGAGACUCGGUAUGUGUCAGAACUGACACUGGUGCGAGUGAAGGUGGAUGAGGCUGGUCGCUACACCAUGUUGGCCUUCCACGAGGAUGCGGAGGCCCAGGUCUCCUUCCAGCUGCAAAUCAAUGUGCCUGUCCGGGUGCUGGAGCUGAGUGAGAGCCACCCUGCCAAUGGGGAGCAGACAGUCCGCUGUCGUGGCCGGGGCAUGCCUCAGCCACACAUCACCUGGUCUACCUGCAGUGACCUUAAAAGGUGUCCGCGCGAGCUGCCGCCCACGCCUCUGGGGAACAGCUCGGAGGAGGAGGGCCAGCUGGAGACCAACGUGACGUACUGGGCGGAGGAGCAGGAGUUCGAGGUGGUGAGCAUCCUGCGCCUGCGCCGAGUGGAUCAGCCGCUGUCGGUGCGCUGCACGCUGCGAAACCUGCUGGGCGACGACGUGCAGGAGGUCAUCCUGGUGCCCCAGUCCUUGCCCUUCAAGGUGGUGGUGAUCUCGGCCAUCCUGGCCUUGGUUGUCCUAACGAUCAUCUCCUUCAUCAUCCUCAUCAUGCUCUGGCAGAAGAAGCCCCGCUAUGAGAUCCGAUGGAAGGUGAUUGAAUCUGUGAGUUCCGACGGCCAUGAGUACAUCUACGUGGACCCCAUGCAGCUGCCCUAUGACUCCACCUGGGAGCUGCCGCGGGACCAGCUUGUGCUUGGACGUACCCUGGGCUCCGGGGCCUUUGGGCAGGUGGUGGAGGCCACGGCUCAUGGCCUGAGCCAUUCUCAGGCUACAAUGAAAGUGGCUGUCAAGAUGCUAAAAUCCACAGCCCGCAGCAGUGAGAAGCAAGCCCUCAUGUCGGAGCUGAAGAUCAUGAGUCACCUCGGGCCCCACCUGAAUGUGGUCAAUCUGCUGGGAGCCUGCACCAAAGGAGGGCCCAUCUACAUCAUCACUGAGUACUGCCGCUACGGCGACCUGGUGGACUACCUACACCGCAACAAGCACACCUUCCUGCAGCACUGCUCCGACAAGCGCCGCCGGGCCAGCGCCGAGCUCUACAGCAACGCCCUGCCGGUCGGGCUCCCCCUCCCCAGCCACAUGUCCCUGCCUGGGGAGAGUGACGGUGGCUACAUGGACAUGAGCAAGGACGAGUCGGUGGACUAUGUGCCCAUGCUGGACAUGAAAGGAGACAUCAAAUAUGCAGACAUUGAGCCCUCCAACUACAUGGCUCCCUAUGAUAACUACGUCCCCUCCGCUCCCGAAAGGACCUGCCGAGCAACUUUGAUUAACGAGUCCCCAGUGCUUAGCUACAUGGAUCUUGUGGGCUUCAGCUACCAGGUGGCCAAUGGCAUGGAGUUCCUGGCCUCCAAGAAUUGUGUCCACCGAGACCUGGCAGCCAGAAAUGUGCUCAUCUGUGAGGGCAAGCUGGUCAAGAUCUGUGACUUUGGCCUUGCUCGUGACAUCAUGCGGGACUCUAACUACAUCUCCAAAGGCAGUACCUUCCUGCCGCUGAAAUGGAUGGCCCCCGAGAGCAUCUUCAACAGCCUCUACACCACCCUGAGCGACGUGUGGUCCUUUGGGAUCCUACUCUGGGAGAUCUUUACCCUGGGUGGCACCCCUUACCCAGAGCUGCCCAUGAACGAGCAGUUUUACAAUGCCAUCAAGCGGGGUUACCGCAUGGCCCAGCCUGCCCACGCCUCCGACGAGAUUUACGAGAUCAUGCAGAAGUGUUGGGAAGAGAAGUUUGAGAUCCGCCCCCCCUUUUCCCAGCUGGUGCUGCUUCUCGAGAGACUGCUGGGCGAGGGUUACAAAAAGAAGUACCAGCAGGUGGAUGAGGAGUUCCUGAGGAGCGACCACCCCGCUGUCCUUCGGUCCCAAGCCCGCUUCCCAGGCUUCCAUGGGCUCCGAUCCCCCCUGGACACCAGCUCAGUCCUCUACACUGCUGUGCAGCCCAACGAGGGUGACAAUGACUAUAUCAUCCCCCUGCCCGACCCUAAACCCGAGGUUGCUGAUGAGGGCCCACUGGAGGGCUCCCCCAGCCUUGCCAGCUCUACGCUGAAUGAAGUCAACACCUCCUCUACCAUCUCCUGUGACAGCCCCCUGGAACUACAAGAGGAACCAGAGCCAGAGCCCCAGCCUGAGUCCCGGGUGGAGCUGGAGGCAGAACCAGAGUGGCUGCCGGAGUCAAGCUGUCCUGAGCCCCGGGCUGAGGCAGAGGACAGCUUCCUGUAGGGGGCUGGCCCCCACCCUGCCCUGCCCGAAGCUCCCCCUCUACCUCCCAGCACCCUGUGCCUCCUGUCCUGUCCUGCCGGGCCUCCCAUCAGCUGGGCUGUUCUCAUCAGCUGUCCCCUCUGGAAGGCUCUUGCCCCUGACAUGUCAUACCCCAACCCCUGGGGUAGGCUUAGGAGGCAAGAGACCUGCAGGGGCCAUGACCAGCCCUCUGCCUCUGGGGAGGCCAUAUGACUCUGAGCCAGGGUUCUCCCACAGGACUCAGUUGCCCCAUCUGUAAGAUGGGAAAGUAAGGCUCAGCAACACAGUCUGGGAUUCUCCCCUGGCUGACAGGUGGGGUGGUUGGAAUCCUUGGGAAGAUUCUCAAGGUUCAUGAGGUGGUAGGUGAACUUUUUUCUGUUCAGCCAGCUACCCCUCAGGAGCUGUAGCUCUUUCCUUGUACUUUAUCCACCCAAAAGCUGGGGAGGGGACCCUGGCGUCCCUGGCUCCUGGCUGAGCUAGGGCCUGGCCUUGGACAGUGUUGCGUCUUCUCCUCAAAGUCAGUCUUCACUCUCCCAGGCCCGAGCUGGUCUGGGGCCACCCAUGCUUAAUGAAUGCGAGGGGCUGAGCCCAGUCCAGGACAUUCUGGCCCAUAGCCCCUGCCCCAGGCGCUCGGGACACACCUCUUCAUACAAAGUGCCUGAGUCUGUGUCUUCCUGACUCCAUGAGUCCUGGAGUCUUUUUCUUCAUCACUGCCAGUCAUAUUCUACCCACCAGUCUCCAGGGCCGGACGAACCCACAUCUAUGAUGAGUGUGUUGACAUGCCUGUGCGAAGUGUCCACACGCGAGGACCAGUUUGUGGAUUGUAUGUGCACUGGAUCUGCCAAGAGACCUUGCAGAAAUCCCUUGCCCUCUCUGGGCCCGUUUUCCCUGUUGAAAAAUGAGCAGGUUGGACUCAUUGACUUUUGGUGCCCUUCCACUACUAACAUUCUAGAAUAUUUUUGGAGUUACACACUUGCCCAGAUAAAGCAAAGCCAAACACCCCAAGUCUCCAUCCUGGAGGUCAGCUGAGGUCUGGGGAGAUUCCAGACCACAUAUCACACUCCAGGAGUUCAGGAACUGUGCCCCUUCCCCAGGCCCCCAGCAAAUCCCAAAAGGCCAGCUGCCCAGGCCUUGACUCGGAGUGCAGCCAGUAUCUGAGAAAGCCCCAGGCAGUUGCCCCAGGGAUGUGGGAGGACCGAGGUAGCUCUUUCAGCACCCACAGUGACCUCCGGAGCUAUCCUGGGCCAAGGAGGUGGAGAGGGCAAAUCAGAGCAUCUGCUGCGCCUCCCACUCCAACACCUGCUGUCCAGGUCUGUGUCGAAGACAGUGGACAGUUAGGGCCCCUGGGGGGCCCUGGAAACCACAAGAAGCCUUGGAUGGGGAACCUGAGAAAGGGAUAUAAGAAGUAGGUACUCUGACGGUUGCCUGCUCAGCUGCCAGCUGCCCCAUCCCUGAGGCAGUACCCACAGGAUAUGGCUUUGUCACUGCCCGGGCCUACUCACCUCACUGUCUCUGCCAGCCACCCAGCCCAGUGGGCAUUGAAGUGCUAAAGGAACGAGGUCUGUGGCCAAGACCUCUGGCAGGGGAGGGCUGUAAGGGGGUGAGGCAAGACCCCCCCUUCUGGUCACCAAGCCCCCUAUGCUGGUUCGCACCUUCCUGCCCUGCGACUCCCGAACACUGGUUGAGGAGAGAAACUGGGUUCUCACUACGGUACCAAAGAUGUAAUCACCUAGGUUUACAAGUAUUUUUAGGACUCACAUUAACUCACAUUUAUACAACAGAAGUGCUAUUUUAUAUGCCAUCAAAAUUUACUAUCUGUGUACUUUUUUUUAAGGGAAAGAUUUUAAUAUUAAACUGGUGCUUCCCACAGA